AUGAAAGGCACCAACAAGAGCAACGCUAGCGUCACAACUACUACGCUCAAAAGAGCACCGUCGGGCAACAAGGAAAACAACACACGAGCUGAGGGAGCCGUCAAACCCAACGGUGCUGUCAAAGCUCGGGGUCUAGCCAUUCGAGAUCCUACAACAAUCACGAAAGAAUCAUGUCAGCCAGAUUCAAGAGAGGAUGACGAUCCUCAAAGCAGCCAAAAGACUGUUCCUCGUCCAAAAGGGCAUGAAAGGGAGAACGAGGAGACGCUUGCGACCGAGGAGUCGCAGCAGGGUUUUCCUUGUCAGCAGCCUUCAGAUACCGCAGCUAUGAUGCAAAAAUUCUUGGACCAAAUGGCGUAUAUGUCUGGACAAAUCAAUACGCUUUCAACAGCGAAUGGGUCUAUGUCUCGACAAAUCAAUACGCUUUCAACAGCGAAUGGGUCCAUGUCCGCAGAAAUGGCGUCUAUGUCUAGACAAAUCAAUACGCUCUUAGCAACGAAUGCAUCCAAGUCUGCAGAAGCCUCUCAUUCUCGUCGGGUGGCCGCUGAAAUGCAAAGCCAGAUGCAGGCACAAGCUUUUCAACUCGAAGCACAAGCUUUUCAACUCGAAGCACAAGCCACUAAAAUCGAUACACAAGCCUUUCAACUCGAAGCACGAGCCUUUCAACUCGAAGCACAAGCCUCUGAAAUUGCUGAUUUAAAACCAAAAGUCCAAAACCUAAUGGAAUUUCAAAGCUUGAUUACCAAGCGGGAGAUCGCGUUAAAGGUUGCUGAAGUCAUAGUUCGAAGCUUGAAGUCAAAGUAUCCCGCAUUGCGAGGAUAUUUGCUUAGAAAUUGUGUCGAUUUCUUGAAUGAAGAAGGAAACUGGGAUCAGGUCAAACUGAGUGAUAAUGGACAAAAGUCUGGAUUCUCACUGGAGAACAUUUCCAAUUAUCACCACGUAAUCAGUGGUAUCCAACAGGAUCGAAACGAAAUCGCCCACCAACAAAUGCGAUGA